ACGCUCACAAAUUCAGGGGAAAUUGCUGCCUUGUGGAUAGAGGAUUGCACUUGUACUAGCAAGAUUUAUCUGGGAACUCCAACGCUCACAAAUUCAGGGGAAAUUGCUGCCUUGUGGAUAGAGGAUUGCACUUGUACUAGCAAGAUUUAUCUGGGAACUCCAGCAACUGCCCUAGCGUGCUGCCCUUCCUCCUCGUCGGCUGCUGUGGGGACAGUGGAUGGCUACCUAUACUUCCUGGACACCCGUGAUGUGGAGUCCCUCCGGGGGAUCCGUGCAUCUCCCCUAGUCCCUUACCCAAUACCUAACCUCUGUGGCUAUACAGAUUGUAGCUUACUUAUUGAAGACUUAACAGUUAGCAUCCACAUUUCUGUGGAGAAAAAUCGCAGAGAUUUUGAUGAGGAUUGUGUCACAGCUGAAGACCACUUUUGUUAUGACCAGCGAGGAAUUUUCCUGUUAGCCGGUACAGUGGAGGGAAACAUCUUUGUUAUCGAUGCCAGACCCUCAAAAUCAUUUCAGGUUUUCGGAUACACCGAGACCAGCAAAGACAUUCUGCAGAUAUCCACGGUGUCUCUCCCAAUAUCAGAUGUGGUAGAAGUGCUGGUGUUGUCCCCACUUCCAGAAACAGGAAGAAGCAGGCUGAAAUACUUCACCCUGCCCAUCACGUUAUCACAAGUUUCUGAUAACUUUUAUGAUGAACGAGGAAGACUGCAUGAUGAACUCAUCCACAAGCUCCUGUAUGAGGUGGAGCACUCUCUGUCCUCCGCUGUGCUGAGCUUUGAAAGCAACAAGAUCUAUGGUUUCUGCAGCCAGGUGCCAUACAUCUGUAGCUAUCUGCUUCCUGAAGAGAUGCACACUGGCAUUUAUGUCCUUAAGCCACACCAAAAAGUUCAAAGCAAACAUUACGGACCUGGCAUGAUCUAUUUGUCUUCACAUGGACUAUGGCUCCAGACAAUAGCCAAGUGUGGCUUUUUCUGCAUCCGAGACAUUUUCAGUCUGGAAACAUUUGCUCGGUGUCGGAGCCAUUCUUAUCAGGGGUGUGGGAUCCAGUACAUAAAGAUGUCAAUGGAUGGACAGCACAUUCUGCUGAAUGGGAAAGACGACGGCACCCUUGUCUACCUCAAAUGGAAGCGGCUUAGAGCAAGCUUAGCAAAUGAGAUCUUUGAACACUACCAGCAACUAACAACCACUCUGAGCAACACACUGGAAAAAGAAAAUAAGUAUUUAGCUGCACCAACAAUUUCCGAAGAUGUGGAGCAAGAAGACAAAGAGUCAUCUGAAUCCUCCAAUAAAAAGCUGAGCUUGGACUCAUCACAAGAGGAAUUAGUCAUGGGUCCUAAGAAGGAAAUUUCCUGGAUCCAACAAAAAAGGGAAGAGGCCAUCAAAACCGAGGUCAGACUGUUUUCACAGCAAAGAAGAGAGAUCAAAAGAGGGAUCAAGGAGCUUUCUAGAGUUAUUACCAGUAUGAUGGAAGAAAACGAAAAGAUGGACCCGAUCUCGAAGUUAGAUCAGCAGGAAUUUUGCCUGGAUCCUGAGGAGCUGGAAAGACUCAAUGAAGAAAGCGAGGAGGAAGUAGCAAAGGUAAAAAAAGAUGUGGAGAUGCAUAACUUAGCCAAGAACUACUUAACUGAGCUCAUCAAGGAAGAGUGCUGGAAUUCCAUGGCUGUGAAGGGCCGAGCCCUGAAGUGCUUUCACAUACCGUAUGUGGUUGACAACUUCCCCAUGAAAGAGCGCACUGAAGAAGAGCUGCUGGAGUUGAAAAGAGUUUUGCAGCAAAAGAAGACGGAGGCAGAGUGUCUUAAGCUACGGAAGGAAAUCAUAGAGGUCCAGUCUUCAGCCACUUUGCUUAAAAAACAUCAUGAUGAGGAUGAUGAGGAAGAAGAGGACGAAGAAAAGACAAUAGACAGCAGUCUGCCCAAUUACCUACUCGGCAGUUUGAGUACUGAUUUUGGGGCAGAUACCUCUUUGUUGACCAGCCAAUUGGAACUUCAUUCCAGAGAGGAGAAAAUCAAUCAAAUUAUAUUACUAAAAGACAUCAUCUACAAGGUCAAAAAGGCUUUCAAUAGUGAGUUCGAUGCUGCCCGUAAACAGAAAGAGAUCGAAAUUGCACGAGUAAAGGAAAAAAAUGUUCGAAUUGGAGAAAUUAUUUCAGACCUGGAACUGGAAGAAAAAGUCUGGCAACCAGUGUUCGAAGACUGUGAGAAGCCAGAAAGAGCCCUUGUUGUGGAAGAUGAUGAGAUUUCAUUUCAAAAACAUGUUCCUCCAUGGCAAAAGUCCAAAACAGAAAUGACUGCAUCCUUUGAAAUGGAUCAAUUGCAACAAGCACAGGCAUCCAAUGCAAGACAAAGAGGCCUGAUGGACAUGAUGGGAGGUGUUCUGGAAGUCAAGAAGGAAGACAUCUUGAGAAUGGUGAUCCCUCAACCUGCUUUCAUGACAAAAUCUGACGCUGUGUGGACUGAAGAAGAAAGGAAGCAGUUCAAAGAAUAUGAGAAAAAAGUCAAGGAGCUAAAUGAAGAGAGAGAUAAGUACAGAAAGUCUCUAGAAACAGAACUGAAGAAACUUCAAAACUCUAUCCAGGAGAGCACCCAGAACUUUGACGAGCAUUUGAAGAGGCUCUUUGAAAGAAGAGUGAAGGCAGAGAUGGUUAUCAACCAGGAGGAACUGAAAAUAAACAACCUUGUGUUUUCUUUGCUCCUGGAUGAAGAACUGAACUCCAGGGAACAGUUCCUGAACAACUACCUUCUGAAGAAGCAGGAGGAAAAAAGCAAGAGUUCAAAAGCCAUCCAGAAAGCUAAGGAAGAUCUGGAUGUAUUCAAGGAGCAACACGACAUCCUGGUGGCAGAGGACAAAAUUCUGGAUCGCAGCUUCAAAAAGGAAUUUUCUGAAGUUUCUGGUCACCAGGUGGAUAUACUCUACAAACUUUUUAAACGCCGACCAAGGGUUCACAAACAGAAAGCACAUGCAGAUGUGAACUCUCUUGUCCCUUACGGAGAGCGCCCAGGAUCUGGCAAGUUAAAUAAGGAUAACUAUACCCAGCUAAUGAAAUCCAUGGACGAACUGGACAAUGCCAACAACAUGCCAGAAGGCUUGGACCCCUCAGUCUGGGAACAUUUCUGCCUAACCAGACGAACAAAAGUGGAAAAUGAAUAUAGAGUGAAACAGAAGGCUGCCGGCCUCCAGGAAAUGACAAGCUUUCUGCGGAAGAGAUUGGAGGAUGACGAGGUUGUGCAGCAUGAGAUUGAAAGAGUGUUCCAAGAGCUCCUCCGAUUACAGGAGGAGAAAGUGAAAUUCCAGGUGAAUUUGACAAUACAAGUUCUUCUUAAACAAGGACAAGUAGAACUGGAGAACUUCCAGUUAAGUUUGGAAUAUUCUGAUGCAAUCCUCAUUAACAAGAACAUAAUUGAAGACUUGAAUUCUGUGAUUCGG